UAAACAUAAUUCUACACCUGCAACCUUCCACAUCAUUUGGAGACCAAAAUUAUUGCAAUACUAUGCAGUUAGUGACAUUAAUACUGUCCUGAACUAUGACAUCAAGAAGUUCUGGCACAGCAUUUCCUCGGAAGAAUUACAGAUUAAGCACCGAGUCUGAAAAGUCCAAAAUUGCAGGAAUAGUGAACGGCAAGCUCCUGAAUGAUUAUCUUCAUCGUAUUUUUCCCAGUGCUGAUGGAACUCAACCUUCUGCUGCAUGCAGGAAGCAUCUAUCAUUUCAAAAUCUACAAGAACAUAUAGAACAAUUAUUAGCAGAAAGUGCCAGCUCAGAAGAUGGUCAAGAUCAAACUGUAGAUGGCAGACUCGGCCCUUCAACUGUAGUGCUGGAUCAUACUAGUGGCUUUGAAGGGCUCCUGCUGGUAGAUGAUGAUCUGCUUGGAGUGAUUGGGCAUAGUAACUUUGGUUCUAUUAGAGCUACUACCUGUGUAUAUAAAGGUAAAUGGAUCUAUGAGGUCCUGGUUUCAUCCCAAGGUCUCAUGCAAAUUGGCUGGUGCACUCUCAAUUGUCGGUUCAAUCAAGAGGUAAUGUUACAGCAUUGCAUACACAGUAUUGCCACUCUUUCUAAAUAUUAUUAA